GAAAGUUUUGUUUCCGGGAGUGUUUGGUGAUGUGGCUCUAAAACCCAUCCGAGGAAUUUAAGACAAAUCAAAAGCAGGCGGAUUUACUGCAGGAGCUCCAUCAUCGUCCUGACUUGAUGUUAAGCCGUCUGGCCAACGUCCUCCAGGAGCUUUCUGGAGAGGAGGGUGCAGAUGGAAACCAAGAGGGCAUGCUGGUUCCUCAGCUCCCUGCCGGAGAGGGUCCGACUCCGGGGGAUGCUGAGGUUCCUGAGGACGCCAUGGAGAGGCUGGCCCACCUGGAGCAGCUGGUGGUCCAGCUGAAGGAGCUCAUUCGAGACAAAGACACGCAGCUGCUGCAGAAAGAGACUGAGCUGACCAACAAAGAUGCUCAGCUUAAGAAUGAGAAGGAAGAAGCUGAAGCUCGCUUCACCAAACUCAAACUCCAGGCUAAAGCCAAGAUGGCGUCGCUCAACAAACAGAUAAAUGAGCUGAAAGGAGAAGCAGGAUCAGCGAGUGCGGACAGCUCGUUUACUGCUGCUGGUGCUGCGGUCGAGCAGGAGCUUCAGGACCUCAGAGCCAAGCUGAGUGAGGAGGAGGCCAACAGCCGGGAGCUGAAGGAGCGACUCGUGGCGUCUGAACAGCUGCUCCAAGAGAAGGAGGCAGCCCACGCCGAGCAGCUGCGGGUGCUGCAGGCGGUCGUCGCUGAGAAGGACGUCCGUUUCCAGGAGCAGAUUCAGAGACAUGAAGAGGAGCUGCUGAAGGUCAGCGCUCAGUCGCAGGACGGCGCUGAGCUGCAGCAGGCGCUGCAGGCAGCUCAGCAGCGAUGCACUGAGCUGGAGGAGGCUUUAAACUCUCGCUCACAAGAGCUGGAAAUGCUGCAGCAGGAAGUGAGCAGCGCUGAUCAACAAAAGCAGAUCCUGACGGCUCAGUUCCGGCAGAUGGAGCAGGAGCUGACUGAGGCUGUGAGGUUGAGGCAGGAGUGGGCUGAGCAGGCCAGCCGGGGGGAAGCAGAGCUCGCCGCCCUCAGAGCCAGCCUGGAGGCUCUGGAGAAGGAGAGGAUGGAGGCAGGGAGGCAGGAGAGCGAGCUGACCACUCUGAGAGAGGCAGCGCUCCUCAGUCAGCAGGACUUGGAGAAAGAGAGGAUGGAGGUGUCCAGGUUGGAGGCAGAGCUGGCUCAGAUGAAAGAAGCCGAGCUUGCAGCCGCCCAAGCGCACAGCGAGGCUUCGGGGAGAGACGAGGCGGAAAUCGCACGGCUUCAAAGCGAAAUCGCGUCACUUAGAGAAGCAGAUUCUGCAAAUAGCCAGGCCAGGGAGGAAACCUUAGAGCAAGAGAGGUCAGAGGUCAAUAACCUGAAGAAAGAGCUGGAAGGCAUGCAGAAGAAACAGGAGACUCUGGAUGAAAUCUGGAGACGUCUUUGUUCACUUUCUCCUGAAACGAUGCCGGAGGAUAUCCCAGACCCUGCUGAGCCCUCUCUGAUCCUGGACGCCGUGCGAUCCGUAGAGACGCGCCUGACGACGCUGAUGGAGGAAAGCAGGGAAAGGAGCGAGCAGUGUUCCCAGCUCACCCAAAGCAUGGAGGCCCUGCAGGAACAACUUCACAUAAAAACAGCAGAACAAGAGGAGGCCAGGGUCAGGAUACAGCAGCUGGAGCAGCACAUGGAAGAAAUGUCAAACACAAAUCUGACUCAAACUUCAGUGGAUUCAUCUGAAGCUGAAAAAACACACAUAUUGGCGCUGGAGCAGCAGCUUGCAGAAAAAGAGAGCGAGCUGGCUGCCCUGCGUGGAGAAGCAGAGGAUGAGGAAGCGACAGCAGCUCCUGCUGAAGACGCACCAGAUGAAGAAAGCACCUUAGUUGCAGAGGACACCUCUGUCCUUUCCAUUCCUGCUGAUAACGAGAGCAGCCCAGAGCUCAUCGGACCCCAGUCUGAGUCUCCUGAAGAAUCAAAAGGAACCUCCUCAGAUGAGAUGGUCACCAGCACUGAUUCAGAGGUUGCCCACAGCAGCUGGACUCUCCUGGAGGCCAUGAACCAAGACGGAGCUCAGGAGUGGCCCUCCGUGUCUCAGGACGUCAGUCAGUCCUGGGUGGCAACCAGCAUGGAGCAGGAAGCCUCCACAGUCCGAACAGAGUCGUCCUCCGUUGUCAUCAGAGAGACGGUCCAAGUUCACCUGACCCAGCAGGGUUCCUCCUCUGCCGAUUCAAACAUGUCUGUCUUUGCUCAAGCUUUGGCUGAGGAGCUGCAGAAAAGGUACAGCGAACUCCUGGCAGAGCUGCAGAGGCUUAGAGAGACAGCCGAGGCGUCGCAGGAGAGAAUCCAGAGCCUGGAAGAGGAAGCUCGGUCCCUCACUGAGGCUAAAGAAGAGGCAGAGGCUGAAGCUCUGCGGUUAUCCAAAGAGCUCCAGUCAAACCUGAAAAAUGGCAGCAUAGUGGAGAAACAGAGAGUCGACAUCAAACUCCUAGAAGAGGAGUUGGAGAUUUUAAGCAAGGAAAAAAGAAGCGGGGAGCAGAAGAUUGAGGCUUUACAGGAAGACCUGGAAACAACGAAGCGGGUUCUGUGUGAGCAGGAAGGUGAGGCGCGCAUGCUGAGCGCUCAGCUGGAGGACAGAGAGCUCCUUUCCUCUGAGCUACAGAGGAGGCUUCAGGAAAUGGAGAACAGCUUGUUGGAACAAACUCAGACCUCAGAUCUGCACAGCGAGUCGUUAUUAAAGAAGGACUCGGAGAUUCAAGAGCUACAGCUUCUGUUCACCCAGAAAGAAAAGGAGCUGCUGGAGCUUAAUGACAGCAUGUCCACAAAACUGCUCGGAGCAGAGGAAGAGAUGUUUAAGAUGAAAGGGGAAGUGAGUAAACUAAAGGAGCAUAUAGAGGAGCUGGAGAAGGUCAGAGAUGACAAAAAUCAGGCAUCAGGCGAGGAAGAAGAGCUGGCUGGCUUAAGGAAAGAGAAGGAAGAGGUGGAAACGCAGCUGGCAAACACAAAGAAGAAGCUGCAGGCAGCACUGGUGCAACGCAAGGAGCUGAUGAAGAAAGUCAGCGAGUUUGAGAAGGAGGCAAAAAGGUGGAAAGAAAAGGAUGAAUCGGAGACAGAAGAAGCUCCUGAAAGUCUCCCUCAAAGACCAGAGAUCCAGAACUUGGAGGCAAAGAUCAUGAAGCUAGAAGAAGAUUUAAGAUCUAAAGAUCAGGAAGUGGAGAGUCUGGAGCAGAGACUUAGCCACCAGGAUCAAGUCCUGGCUGAGACUCUGAACAGAAAGCUGAGUGAAGAAGGUGGAACGGCUCCACAGCCUCCAGAAAAUGCAGCCUUACAGUCUCAGGUCACCUCUCUGGAAGCUGAGUGUGAAACACUCCAGAAGAAGGUUCAGGAAGCCCAAGAGUCCCGCAAAGAAACCAUCCGCAAAGCCAAGGAGAAAGACCGGCACCACCGCGAACAGAUGAAGCAACAGAAGGAGGACUUCAACGAGCUGAUGGAGCGCUUCGAGGCGCAGAGCGGAGAGCGGGAAGGUCUCCUGGACAAGCUGAGAGAACUGGAGGAAAAGGUGAGCUCAGGAGGAGAUCCACGUCCCGAAGCGGCUCCGACUCCCGCUACAAACGACUGGGUCCAGGAGGACUGGGUGGACUUUGUUGCAACGGAGACGGAUUCAUUUAAACCACAAGCAGGCGAUCCGGAUCAGCCCCCGUCAGAGCCGUCUCCUGCUGUAUCUGAGCAGCUGGAGGAGUCGCUCCAAGCUCUCAAAGCCGAGAUCCAAAACGUUCGGCACGCAAACUCCGAGUUGGAGAAACAGCUUCAGGAAGCUCAUAGCGUUUUGUCACUGAGGGAGUCUGAGAUACAGGAACUGGGUAAAGAGCUGGAAGCACUGAAGGAGAAGGAAAACCAGAUCCACGCCCUCUCCGAGGAGAUGAGUGAACUUCAAGAAAAGUAUCGCCAAGCUGAGGCCUACAUAGAAACCCUAAAGGCGGAGAUGGAAGCUGCAUCCAAAGCCGCUGCAGAAUCAUCCAUGAAAACUCUUCAGGCGGAAGUGGAAGAGUUCAAGCAGUUCCUGGACAACAAGAACCAGGAGAUAACCGAGCUCAGCGUGCAGCUCAGCGAGCAGAACUCCCUUAUUCGCUCAAUGCAGGACGCUGUAUCUGAGAAAGACCUGUCCAUUAGUUCCUUACAGGAGGAGCUGAAGGCAGAGAAAGAGAAAACACUGAAGCUGGAAGCGGAGCUUCCACAGAAACAGGAAGACCACGGCGAGGCGAAGCUCAAGGAGCUUCAGCGAAAGCUGCAGGCUGCUCUGGUGUCUCGCAAAGAAGCUCUCAAAGAAAACAAGACGCUGAAGGAGCAGCUCGCUUCAGCCGAGAAGAUGGCAGCUGAGCUGCAGCAGAAGAUGGACUCAACAGAAGAAGAGCUGGAGAAUCUAAGAAGCGAGAGAGCAAGACUGAUUGAGGAGGUGGACCGGACGUUAGUGGAGAACCAAAGUCUGGGGUCGUCAUGUGAGAGCCUGAAGCUGGCGAUGGACGGCUUAAUCAGCGAGAAGGACGCCUGUAAGAAGGAAGGGGAGCUGGCGAAGGAGGAGGCAGCUAGGAGGUGUAGGGAGUGGGAGGACAAAGUCCAAGGAAUGAAGGAGGAGUACGAGACUCUGCUUAAGUCGUACGAGAACGUGAGCGACGAAGCGGAGCGAGUGAGGAGGGUCCUGGAAGCCGCCAGGCAGGAGAGACAGGAGCUGGCAGCCAAGGUGAGAGCUCAGGAAGCCGCCAAGCAGGAGUCUGAGAAACAAGUGGAGGAAGCGCAGAAAGAGCUGGACUCUGUGAAGGACAAGAUGAGAAAGUUCGUAAAGACGAAGCAGCAAAAGAUACUGGAGUUGGAAGAGGAGAACGAGAGACUCCGGGAGAUGCAAGAAAGGGCCGCUUCGAAACAAGAAGACGGCAGCUUCAGAGCUGAAACGGAGCGCUUUCAGGAGGAGAACGGAGCUCUGCGGGCUGAACUGGAAGCUGCCACGGCAGAAAGGGACGCUUUGAGGCGGCAGAUCGAGGAGCUGAAGGAACAACUCUCUGACAUGGAGGAGAAACACAAAGAAGUCGACCCGCUGCCCUCUGCGGCUGUCGUAGAGGAGGUCGUUACGGAGCUGACAUCGGACGCUGUCACGACUGCAGCAGAGCCUCCAGGCGAUCGCACGGAUGUGGAAGAAAAGGAGGCAGAAGAAAUGCCUGAGAAAGCUCAGAGUUUAUUGGAGGAUAAAAUGAGGGAGAUUGAGAGUCUGAAUGCAGAGAGGGAACUUUGGCGAAAACGGGAAGCUGAGCUGCAAACCGAACUGGCCUCUCUGGAGAGAGAGCUGAAGGAGAGCAAAGCUGACGAGACGCUUCUGGCUUCCUUAGAAAAGGACCUUCAAGAGAGCAAGGAGAGAGAGAAACAUCUGACUGAGGAAGCUUCGAAGAGGGAAGCCCAGUUCAAAGAACUCCUUGGAAGUCUGGAAGCUGAAAAAGACAACCUGGAGGAGCGUCUGAUGAACCAGCUUGCCCAGCUCAACGGGAGCAUCGCCACGUACCAGCAGGAAGCAGCGGACCACCGGGAACGCCUCGCCGAGAUGCAGCAGGAGGCAGAGAGGCUGCUGGGGGAGCGGUCUGAGCUGGAGGCAGAGGUUCGGCGGGAGAGAGACCGAGCCGCCAGGCUGGAGGAGGACAUGAGGCAGGCCAGGCGAGAGAGAGCCGAAGCAGAGGCCGAGUCCGGCAAGCAGAGGGAGCUGGAGCAGCAGCUGAGGUCCGCCCAGAGGGUCAAAGAGGGCAGCCAGAGCCGAGCCAAGCAGCUGGAGCAGCUGCUGAGGGAGAAGCAGCUGGAGGUGCGGCAGCUGCAGAGGGACUCCAUCCAGUACCAGGAGACCAUCAGCCAGCUUGGAAGAGAAGCUAAAGCCCUGCAGCUCAGCCAGGAGGAGCUCCAAGGCAAGCUGGAGCAGUCAAAGCAGCAGAGCUCCAGAACUCUAGAAGAUCUGAGAAGGACUGAAGCAGAGCUGGAGAGCUUCAAAUCCCAACUAGCUGAGGCGCAGAAAGAGGCGAGCGAGGCGGCCGCCGCAAGAACAGCCAUGGAAGAAAGCAUCCAGCAGCGGGAGGCCGCGCUGAAGGCCGAGGCGGAGCAAACUCUGGACUCUGUGAGAUUCAGACUGGGAGCUGAGCUGAAGGAGAUGGAGCUCAGAUUGGAUGAGGCCUACACAGAGCGGGAGAAGGAGGAGGAAGCCACGCUGCAAGCCAGAGAGGCGGCCGAGGCUGCAGAGAGGCGAGCUCAGGAGAGCCAAGCUCGUCUGGACGAGUCCCUGGCCCGGUUAGCCGCCUUCUCCCGCAGCAUGUCCUCCCUGCAGGACGACAGGGACCGAGUUCUGGAUGAAACCCGGCAGUGGGAGACCCGCUUUAACAGCGCUCUGCAGGGGAAGGAGGCCGAGGUCCGCCAGGCCGAAACGCGGGCCAAGGAACUGGCCGACCAGCUUCAGAAAGAGACAGCGCUGAAAGAGGAGCUGGGACAAACAGUAAAAAGAUUACAGAAAGCAGAACAGGAUUGCCAGCAGAGAUUGGAAGAAGAAGAAAAGAAGGUGAUAGAACAUCAAAGUAUCGUGGAGCAGGAAAGAGCUAAACUCCAGCAAACCACUUCAGAGCUGGCUUCUGCUCAGAGCGAAGCCAGCAGCCUCAAAAACGAGCUGGAGAGUCUGGGUCAGAGAGCCCGGGCUCUGGAGGAGGCCGUCGGGAAACUGACAGGAGAAGUGGACCGAGCCAGAGCCGAGCUGAGGGAACGGGAGGCCGAAGAGAGGCGCCUGUGUCUGAACGUGGAGCAGCUGGAGACGGACCUGCGUUCCUCCAAGGUUCUGACUGAGAGCUUACAGUCAGAGUUACAGGAGAAGGAAAGGAGAGAAGUGGAGCUGCUGGGGGAAAAGGAGCAAGCCGUCACUCAGGCAGCAGAGGAGGCCCGGAAAGAGGCUGACGGCAGGGCACGAGAUGCUGAGACGGAGCUGCAGCAGAGAAGAGGAGAAGUGAGAGAUCUGGAAGAGAAAGUACGGAAAGCAGAGGAGGAGAGCAGCACCUGGAAGGCCAAACUGGACUCCUUCACCAAGGCCAUGGGCUCCUUGCAGGACGACAGAGACCGGGUGCUCAACAUGUACAAACAGCUGGAGGAGAAACACCUACAGGUGAUGUUGGAGAAGGAUGGUUUGAUCCAGGAGGCUGCAGGAGAAAACAACAGCCUGAAGGAAGAGCUUCGCUCUCUGCUGGCCCAGAGAGACGACAUGAACGCCGAACAGGCCAAGCUGUCCGCUCAGCUUCACGGCUACCGAGAUGAACUCAACCAAGUUUUAAGCAUGAAGGACUCGCAGCACAAACAACUCCUGGCAGCUCAGCGAGAGCAGAUCGCGUCUUUGGAGAGGGAACGCGAAGAGCUGGAAUCUCAGCUGAGGGUCAUGAGCAAAGCAAGAGAGGGAGAGAUUAGAAAAGUAGAGACUGAGACGGUUAGUCAGGCCUCUGACGUCGUAGCAGCCUCACAGGUGAUGGAUGCACCUGGAGCUGAAGUGGAGAAGCUGAGGGAACAGCUGCAGGCGGAGAGAGCCCGGGCCGAGGCUCUGGAGGAGCGACUCCUCACGGAGCAGCAAGAGCAUGAGAGCGAAAGCAGAGAGCUAGCCGAACUGCGUUGGGAGGGAGGCGUGAUGCGGACGGAGUCGGAGAGCGCUCAGGAGAGGGUGGCAGAGCUGGCCCGAGACCUGCUGAUCGUGGAGCAGAGGCUGCUGGAGGAGACGGACACCACCAAGCAGCUGAGAGCCGAGAACCAGGCCUUCGCCAAGGCCAUGGCCUCCCUGCAGGAGACCAGAGAUGAGGCGGUGAACAAGGUCAGGGAGCUGAGCGCCAAGCUGGAGGAGAUGAGCAAGGCGGGAGGCCCCGCGGCACGCAGUGGCCCUGCAGGCUCAAAGGGGGAGGUGUGGGGCCUGAAGAACGCCCUGCAAGCCCUGCAGAACGACAGGGACAGACUGCUGGAGCAGCUGAACGCGCAGGCGGCCGAGCUGCAGAGGCAGAAGUUAGAGCUGGCUCGGCUGGGAGCGGGAGAGCUGAUUAAAGUCAGCCAGGAGCUGCUGGAGGAGAAGAAGAAGAGCGAGGACAUGCUGGAGGCCAUGACGCAGCUGGAGAACAUGAUGGAGAUAAGAAAGCAAGAAGCAGAGUCCCUCAGGCUGGAGAGGAUGGACUGGAUGGCUCAGGCAGAGCAGCUGAAGCAGCAGACGCUCACCACGCUCUCAGAGAAAGACCUGCAGCUGCGGCAGCUCACCGCCAUGCUGGAGGAAGCUCGAGUCCAGAAGCCCAAGCUCAAACGAGAGCAGCUGCAGAGACAAGGCAUAGAGGAAGGAGACAGUCCUCCUGGGGCUCCACAGGAGCGAAGCAAUCUGUCCGUCAGCCAUUCCUCUAAAGCCGAGGUCGUGGAGUUACAGCGAAGAUUAGAAGAAGAGACUCAGCAGCGGCUGGCAGUGGAGGAGCAGCUGAUGGCGACGCAGGAUCGCCUCAAACGGUACGAGCAUCAGUCACAGCGAUUACAAAUAUAUAUAGAGCCUCAGACCCGCAGAGGUGGCCCCAGCUUGUUACGCAUGCUCCGAGUCGCCUUCUGCUCCCGCCAGCGCACCCCUCUGCUGCUCAGCCUCUACCUGCUCACUGUGCACGUCCUACUGAUCCUGUGCCUGGGCGGAUACCUCUGAACAAACGCUUCAAAUAAGAAGGGAGACGGUCAUAAAGCAUGGAAAUGCCUCGGUAUAAUUCUUAAUGCGAAUAACUCAAAGAACGGUUUGAAGGAUGUUGCACUUUACAGUAAUUAAUCAUUUAGCCAAAGUAUACACAUAUACAGCAGUUUGUUUCAGCUGUUCUGGUCGUUGCGUCAUCAUGGGAGAUUUCAAGGGAUUUUUUUUUUUUUUUUUUUGUGUCAAACAACAAAGCACCGACCUUCACCUAUAGUUCUAGAUCAGCCUCCUUUUUUAGGGUUAAAGCCGCCUUCCUACACAUUAAAAGAGGCUGGAUAAGUUAGAUUGGGUGUCAAAC